AGGCUAGCUGUUAGCUCCUGUGUGAACAUCUGGGACCUGCUUCAUUCUUGGCGGCGCCCUGCAGAAACGAAAACUGUAGCGCGAGUUAUAUUUGCGACAGACCCGGCGUAUUUAACCACUGUGAGCCGUGGGCGCCUUCAGGCUGACGGACAGGAACAUUUAGUCAGUGAAAUGUUUACCCGGCCUCUCUGUGGACAUGGCAUUGUGGCUAUCGGCGUCAAUGCUAACUUAGCUCGUUAGCCUAGCAGGCUAGGUAGCAGGGCUUUAGCUGUGGAUGAAACUAGCUACAUAGCACUAGCUCACAUUAGCCAGGAGGCAGACUCGCGUUGUGAGAAUUACUUAACAGCAACGUCGUGAGAUUAACGUCACCUACGUUUGAUUCGAGGCGAACAUUUAUUUUGCGCUCAGAGUUAGCAGCCAGUCAGUUUGUCUAACGAUAGCUAAGUUAGCGCGCUAACAUGCAAUGAGAGUUUAGCAGAGCAGCGUUUCAGUUUUCAGCCGCUGCUGCCCUGCACCAGCGGACUAACGGGGCGGUAGCUAUCCGUUACCGGGCAUUGUGCGGUAUGUAGCCAUGGCAUGCUAACCAUCCAUCGGGAAAGUUUGUGACUGGUCAUAACGUUACAUGCAACGUUAGCACAGGCCAGCUCUGCCUGGGCUGGUAGUCGUGAUAUGAAGGAUUACAGAGAUAGCGUUGUUAUGAGUGAUAGUCAGAGUUAAUUUGGUUCAGCUGCGGAGUUACACGGACAACAGGGCCUUGCAGAUUGCAUUGGGUUGACUCUACGUAGCGUGAAGCUAGUUUGUCUCAGCUCAGUUGCCUGAUUGAUGAUGUUUUUUCAAAACACGUAAGUUAGCAAAGUUUGCAGAGCAACAAUGUAACACCACUGAGCUGUUAAGUCAUUUUAAGUCGAUGAAUUGGUGGCGGGCAGCGUUGGCUAGCAAAAUGAACAAUUCAGGAGUGUUGCCACAAGAGAAGAUGGAGCUGGAUCUGGAAAUCCCAUCUUCGUUAGUUCAGACCGAUGGACACUUGAGACGAUCCAACAGUGCACCCAUGAUAAAUGGCUUAAGUGAUAACUCCCAAGUGUUUCAGAGAGAGGUCCUACGUAGCCGGAGAAACAGCACUACAGUUGUCAACAGGCCCAACAUGGUCCCCUCAUCACCUAUUCGUGUUCCCAGCACCAGACUUCAUCAGAUAAAACAAGAGGAGGGAGUGGACGUGAUGAACAGAGAAACUGCUCAUGAGCGGGAGGUUCAAGCCGCCAUGCAAAUGAGCCAGUCCUGGGAGGAAAGCCUGAGUCUGAGUGACAAUGAUUUGGAGAAGUCUGCAUCUUCGUCUCCAAAGCGCAUCGACUUUGUGCCUGUGUCGCCUGCCCCAUCCCCGACCAGAGGCAUCGGAAAAAAGCAGUGUUUCUCACCUUCACUACAAAUCCUCGUGAGCAGCAAUGGCCUAACACCCAGCCCGAUACCCAGCCCGACGCGACGCUUCAGCCGACGGAGUCAAAGCCCAAUCAACUGCAUCAGAGCCAGCAUACUGGGCCCCAUAAAACGUAAAGGUGAGAUGGAGACGGAGAGUCAGCCUAAGAGACUCUUCCAGGGUACCACCACCAUGCUGUCCUCUGACGCGUCCAAUCUGUCCGACCUCAGUUCCUGUCACUCUCCAGAUUUGCUGGAUGGCAGCCUCAGCAGCGUCGGCUCCUCCACAGACUCACCGGGCAAAAUGGAAGGGGUGUCGCCCUCGUCGUCCAGCAACUCGCCCUUCGCUUCCCUCCAGGAUUUGUCCCCAAAGUGAGCACGGGGGCGGCAAGAGACACUGUAAAGGACUGGCGCCAGAAAAGCCUCUCUCCGGGGAACGCGUUUUCCUUCUCAGACCCUCCAUCUCACCAUCGCCUAGAUUUAGUUGAAGUGGAAUCUUCCACGUUUGUUUCCGAGUGGCUGUUUUCAUGGCUGCACUGUGGAGGGUCGACGUAUGCGCGAAGCGAGGAAACUAAAGCCAUGGAUGAGUUUUAGCGUAGAAGAGGUGAGCCUCGUGAAACUGAGGACGACUGAAGACACUGUGAGCACCAGCUGCUAGUAGAGGAUUUUGGAUGGUGCUUGGCUUCAUAGUGAUAUUGUGUUCAUAAGUGGCUUUGCUUCUGUUCUACCAGCCCCCCUUUACUGGAGAGAGACAUUGAGCACUGGACAAAAGAAAAAAACAGACUAUUUGGAUGUGUACAUCUUCCCUGUUUUCGUGCUGGAAAACUCCUGUCCACAUGCCUUUGUAUGUACACAGUCUGCAGAUUUUGUAAGAAAAAUAUUUAACUUAUUGUUUUCCUGCUUUGUAAUUAUGUACAUAAUAACCGUGUCAGAUGUCGUACAUAGUUUUAAGUUUGUGAUCGGCUGUGAGGUGAAUGCGGGCACGGGUCUCCAACAGCAAACGUUUUCUUUGUAAAGGAACAUUAACUACUUGUGGGGGACACCUAUGGAGAUUUCCUUACUGUCAAUACUGAAAGAGAAGUUAUGUUUUCAGCAGAUUUCCUGAAUAUUUUUAUGCUAUGGGCUUUGAACUGUGGUGAUUUUUUUUUUCAGUUUGGCUUUUAUGCCCCCUCUCCCAUGACUUGUUGCAACUGUAAUUGCCUGCUGUGAGCAGUUAAUGCACCUAGCAGUCUGUGGUGGAUGAAGUGAGAUGGUCAUCACUGUGGGGCGUUGAACACUAAAAGAUCCUCUGUAUCCUGUGUUUUUGUCAGGAUGUUUUUGUAGAUGAGCAGAAAUUAUUCCAUUUUCUUUUUACUGGGGAAAAUGUUCUUAUUUAUGGGGUGGGGCGAAAAGUUUAUUAUAGAAAUCGGACGGUGAUAGGUUUCUAUCCCCUUUAAAAGUGAAUCAUUUGUGUCGUUAUUUACACCAAAUCAACUGACUGCUGGAACGUGCAGCAAAAACAAAAUGGCACCGUCACAUUGUGAGUAAAGAGACUGCUGUUCCUGCUGUGGUUACAUUUAUUAAAAUAGCUUUUUUGCACAGGAUGCUCGAUCCUGUGAUGUUUUCAGCCUGUGUGUGUGAAGCAGAGAAGAAGUGAAACUUGGCUUUCUUUUAAAGCAAGACUCAAAAAAUCCAGUAUGUAGAGGUUUAGCCUGUACUGUGAUUUUUGCACCCACAUUUGCCUGCAACUGUCCUGGCCCCAUGUCCACAUAUCUCCUGUGUAACUUACACGUCUUCAGGUGUAGAAGUUUCAGGUUACCUCUGUAGCCUUUUAUGUGUAUGUACAAAAGAAAGUGAUUGUAAAUCAUUUUAUGGAAGUGUGCCCUUUAAUUUAAAGAAAAGUGUGGUUGCAGUAUAAUUUGACUGAAUGUCUUUUUCCUUUAUACAAAGAUGAAAAUGGAAAAAAACAGUCAGCUUGCCCUGCUGUUAAACAGAUAUAUUUCCCAAGAUUUUUUUCUCUCUGUCAUCAUAUGAGGUGUUCAGGGCAUGACUUAAGCAAAUAAUCUUAUACUGUUGUAAGACUGCAAUGGACAGGCUGUUAUCUGCCGAGCUGGCUCACACUUCGCCUAUGCUUGUGUCUUUUGUGAUUGCAAUCGUAGCGAACAUCAGGACUAAAUAAAUUAUUUCUUUAUUA